GUAGCAGUAGCAGCAGCAGCAGCAGCAGCAGCAGCAGCAGCAGCAGCAGCAGCAGCAGUAGUAGUAGCAGCAGCAGCAGCAGCAGCAGCAGCAGCAGCAGCAGCAGCAGCAGCAGCAGCAGCAGCAGCAGCAGCAGCAGCAGCAGCAGCAGCAGCAGCAGCAGCAGCAGCAGCAGCAGCAGCAGCAGCAGCAGCAGCAGUAGUAGCAGCAGCAGCAGCAGCAGCAGCAGCAGCAGCAGCAGCAGCAGCAGCAGCAGGCAGCAGCAGCAGCAGCAGCAGCAGCAGCAGCAGCAGCAGCAGCAGCAGCAGCAGCAGCAGCAGCAGCAGCAGCAGCAGCAGCAGCAGCAGCAGCAGCAGCAGCAGCAGCAGCAGUAGUAGUAGUAGUAGUAGUAGUAGUAGUAGUAGUAGUAGUAGUAGUAGUAGUAUAGCAAACAAUAUUACUGGUAGUGGUGCACUUGUUGGUCCUGGAACACUAUUUGGUCCUGCUUCUGCUGGUGUUCUAGCUGCCGGUGCUGCUCCUGUUGGUGGUGCAGCUACUGGUGCUGCUGCUGCUGCUGCCGGUGCUCAUGUUGGUGGUGCAGCUACUGGUGCUGCUGCCGGAGAUCCUGUUGGUGCAGCUACAGGUGCUGUUGCUGCUGCCGGAGCUCCUGUUGGUGCAACUACAGGUGCUGCUGCCGGUGCUCCUGUUGGUGGUGCAGCUACUGGUGCUGCUGCUGCCGGUCCAGCUACAGGUGCUGCUGCUGCCGGUGCUCCUGUUGGUGGUGCAGCUACUGGUGCUGCUGCUGCUGCCAGUGCUCCUAUUCGUAUUACUAGCACUUAUCUUUCAGGACCUGCUGUCUAAAAAUAAUUUUUCUCUAUAUAAGC